AUGGCUCAGAUGAAGAAGUUGUUUAGUGACAUCCAGAUCGUGUUUGGUGUUCGAGCUAUGGGGGAUGUAGACAACAGCCAAGUUUGUAGAUGCCUGGGCAUCGAGCAGGACCACCGCUAUGUGCCCCCCGGUGAAAAUGCGCUCGACACGGAUGACGCCUGCUCCGAAAUUGCUGCUGCUAGCGGGGAUAUUGGCGGUCACGAGAAACUCCAAUCACUUGGCGUAGCUGUGCCCACGGGCAACGGCAGUGGAGCCAACGCCAUGGAGGACGGCAACGCUGAUGGUGCGGCGUUGCGUGCCGGGUUGAACGGAGAGACAGCGCCAGUGGACACGCUUCACGAGAUCGACGUAGUUGGAGAAGACGACGACCGUAAUGACGAUGCCACCGAUGUGUUCGUUCUCGCUCCUAAUCGGAUGGAGCCUGGUGACGAUCCCGACGCGUAUGAGGUCUUUGACUCCUGCGAUGAUCCUGAUGCUGACGCCUUUGACAAGCAUCAAGAGGUUGACGAUGUUCAGUUGGUUGUCGUGGACGGUAGAGAAACCGAGAGCGACAGCAAAGACGACCCAAUCGACAGCAAUGGUGCAAUGAAGUCCAACAUGUACCACCUCUCCACGAUCAACAAGCACGCGGGUGCCCAGUACAUGAAGUAUACGCGCAAGAACCUGUCGUCGGACAACAAGCGCACUCAAUAG